AUGAGCGCUACUUCCGCCGCCAUGCCCAAAGCCGCGGCCCUUCCCGCUCGUUUACUGCGGACCUCGCGACAAUGCUCCAAGCAGAGCCCGGCGGCCAGUGUGCGAUCGGCCACCCCGGUUCGAUCCUAUCAUGUGUCAACUACCCCUUCGACCAGUCAGCGCUUGCGAGAUGGUGUUCGGGGCAAGCAUAACUCAUUCCUUUCGUCAAGGGUUUUCCAUACGACCGCUCCCCGUGGGGCCAUUUCUGACCCGUAUAAAGUUCUAGGAGUCGACAAAGGCGCCUCUGGGGCGGACAUCAAGAAAGCCUACUAUGGAAUGGCCAAGAAAUAUCACCCGGAUACCAACAAGGACCCCGGCGCCAAGGAAAAGUUCGCAGAAGCCCAAUCGGCCUACGAAGUUCUUUCUGAUACGAAGAAGCGCGAGAAUUACGACCGGUUUGGCUCGGCUGCCUUCGACCAAAAUGGCGGCUUCGAUCCCAGUGGCGGUAACCCUUUCGCUGGUGCUGGAGGUUUCCAUGGCUUCGGGGGUGGUUUCGGGGGUGGCUUCCCCGGAGGAUUUUCGGCAGAUAUCAAUUUUGAAGAUCUUUUCGGAGCUUUCACAGGGGGUGCCCGCCGUUCUGGCCGGGGCCGCCGAAGCCCGUUCCAGGAGAUCUUGGUGGGCGAAGAUAUUGAGGUCCAGACCAGCAUUUCGUUCAUGGAAGCUGCGAAGGGUACAUCAAAGGAUAUUGUCAUCACCCCAUUGAAAGAAUGUGGCACCUGUGACGGUGAUGGACUGAAGAAGGGCGCCAAACGAUCUCAGUGCCGUCAGUGCAACGGUUCCGGCACCCGAGUACACAUGAUGCAGGGAGGAUUCCAGGUCGCAGCCACCUGCGAUGCCUGUGGAGGAGCAGGAAUGUCAGUGCCCCGGGGAUCUGAGUGUGGCUCAUGUAAAGGAAACGGCGUGGUCAGGGAUCGGAAGACCGUUCAGGUCGAUAUCCCUGGUGGUGUCGAGGACGGCAUGCGUCUGAGAGUGACCGGUGAAGGCGACGCCCCUCCCAUGGGCACCGCGGCAGCCCCAGGCUCCCGUACGCAGCGAGGUGACCUGUACGUCUCCAUCCGAGUUUCUCCCGACCACCGGUUUAGCCGUUCCGGCUCCGAUAUUCUUUACACGGCUUCUAUCCCCCUCACCACUGCCCUGCUUGGCGGUGAAGUGACGGUCCCGACAUUGGAUGGCGAGGUCAAGGUCAAGGUUGGCACUGGCACCGGCACCGGCGACCGUAUUACACUCACUGGCAUGGGUAUGAAGAAGCUCAGUGGCCGCUCUAGGGCAUUCACCCCUACGGGUGACUUGAAGGUGGAGUUUAAGGUUGCCAUGCCGAAGUAUUUGACCGGCAACCAGCGGACGAUCCUUGAGGUCCUUGCGGAUGAAAUGGGUGACAAGACGGCCAGGCGCAUUAUGGAUAUCCCGAAGGAUGGCAGCUCUCCCCCCGAGUCCAACGCCACCUCAGACUCCUCCAAGAAUGAGGGAUUCCUCAAAUCGGCCUGGCACAAGCUCAUGAACCACACGAAACACUCAGAAUCAGAGGGCUCGACCAGCGAAUCAAGCAAGAAAGACACUGGGGACGCCAAAAAGACUGGCGGGGAGAAGAACUCCCCGCUCCUCCCGAGCAUCAAGAUGGUUCAAUCGCCCAUGAUCUCAUGUCCGCUUAAGCAGACCAACGAAAUCGACUGGAUUCGGCCCCUCAAGGACUACAUUCGUCAGAGUUACGGCGAAGACCCCGAACGGUACGGCUCAGAAUGCGCCACCCUCAACCGCUUGCGCCAGGACAUGAGGGGCGCAGGGAAGGAUAGUGCGACAGGGCGCGACCUGUUAUAUCGGUAUUACGGACAGCUGGAGCUCUUGGAUCUGAGGUUUCCCGUGGAUGAAAAUCAUAUCAAGAUCUCCUUCACUUGGUAUGACGCCUUUACACAAAAGUCAACCUCACAAUAUUCUUUGGCAUUCGAGAAAGCAUCGAUCAUCUUUAACAUCUCCGCCGUGCUUUCAUGCCAUGCCGCAAACCAAAAUCGCGCUGAAGACACCGGUCUCAAAACCGCUUAUCACUCCUUCCAGGCAUCUGCUGGCAUGUUCACGUAUAUCAACGAGAACUUCCUCCACGCGCCAUCAACCGACUUGAACCGGGAAACCGUCAAGGCCCUGAUAAACAUCACUCUUGCCCAAGGUCAAGAAGUAUUCCUAGAGAAACAAAUUGCGGACAAUAAGAAAGCUGGAUUGCUAGCGAAACUCGCCAGUCAAUCUGCUUAUCUAUACUCCCAGGCUGCCGAAGGGAUGCAAGAGUUCGCUAAGGGUGUCUUUGAUAAGGUGUGGACAAUUGUUGUGCAGGCUAAGGCGGGGCACAUGGCCUCUGUGGCGUCCUACUACCAGGCCCUAGCCGACAGUGAGACUGGUUCGCACGGCGUGGCUAUUGCCCGGCUGCAGCUUGCAGAGAAGAAUUCGACAGCAGCACUAGGGUGGGCCAAGUCAUUCCCAUCGUCUGUCUCUCCCAAUGCCAAUUUGAGCUCCGAAUCGGGCACCAAUCUCCUCGAUAUGAUCAAGUAUCACCUUGCGAACGUCCAGGCCAAGCUCACCGUAUUCAAGAAAGACAACGACUUUAUCUACCACCAGCCCAUUCCGAGCGAGGCAGGUUUGUCGGCCGUUUCGAAGCUGCCCGCAGCAAAGGCCAUUCCUGUUAGCGAGCUCUACCAAGGCCAAGAUAUUCAACGUAUCAUCGGCCCGGACAUCUUCCAGAAACUCGUGCCCAUGUCCGUCACGGAAACGGCCAGUCUCUACGACGAAGAAAAGGCCAAGCUGAUCCGAGCAGAAACAGAGAAAGUCGAGACGGCAAACGGAGAAAUGGCGGCCAGUCUUGAUUACCUAAAACUUCCCGGUAGUUUGAAUAUUCUCAAAGGCGGAAUGGACCAGGAGAUGACCGUGGAUGACGAGUUUCGACGAUGGUGUCAGGAGCUUGGGGGCCAUCAACCUUUCAUCAAGGCCUUUGAUGGCCUACAGGAUCGCAAGGCAGAGAUCUUGGCGCAACUAGACCAAUGUUCUAAGCAAUUGGACUUAGAGGAAAGCGUAUGCGAGAAGAUGCGUUCCAAAUACGGGGUGGAGUGGAGCCAACAACCCAGCGCCAUGCUGAACACUACACUACAUGGCGAUAUCCGAACAUAUCGGGAUACCAUCAAUGAAGCGAGUGCCAGCGAUUCUCAGCUUCUGUCAACCCUACGGCAGUACGAGGCAGACUUCGAUGAAAUGCGAUCUGCCGGGGAAACAGACGAGGCCGAAGUCCUCUUCCAGCGCGCCAUGAUCAAAGCUGGCUCCAAGCAUGGCAAGGGUAAAAAUGGACUUGGUAGUCCAUACUCGUCUUCGGCAGAAGGAAGUUUGAUCGAUGAUGUCUUCGAUGAGGGCGGCACCUCGGUGGCUGAGCAAAUCGCUAGAGUCGAGUCCAUUCUGAAGAAAUUGAACCUGAUCAAGAGAGAACGAGCUCAGGUCUUGAAAGACCUCAAAGAGAAGGUUCACACCGAUGACAUCUCCAAUGUCCUGAUACUCAACAAGAAAACCAUCGCCGGGCAGGAAAGUCAACUUUUUGAAGCGGAGCUAGAGAAAUUUCGUCCGCAUCAGAACCGACUCCUCCAGGCCAACCAUAAACAGGCGUCGCUGAUGAAAGAACUUACGAAAAUAUACGGUGACUUGCUGCAGGACAAGCGAGUGCGUGCUGAACAAUCGAAGUAUGAGACGAUCACCCGCCAACGCAACACGGUGAUGUCUCGAUACAAGAAGAUAUACGAUGCAUUCAAUGGCCUACUAUCCGGAACCGUGCAGGCCCAGACCUUCUACAGGGAGAUGGGCGAGACCGUGGACAGUCUGAAGAAGAACGUCGAGUCUUUCAUCAACAACCGCCGAUCCGAAGGCGCACAGCGGCUGGGCCUAAUCGAGCGGGAUAAAGUAAGCAGUGGCACCGAGCAGGGAGACUAUGACCGGGAGAGGAUGCAGCAACUCAUGGAGCGCUUGACUACGGAACCCAAGACGUCGCCAGCUCCACCCUCCGCCUCGGCCGCUCCGUCCAAGGCCAAGUCCCCUCCUCCUGCCAUCCAGACGCCCGCAUAUCCCAACCCCGUCAUAUCUUCGCCGAAGAUGUCACCGCGCUUCCCUCCCAAUAUCUCGGGACAGUCGCACGGCAUCCCCAUGUCGCAUUCCCCCGCCCCCUAUGGGCGGUAUAUGGGCCACGGAACGGGCGUCUCCUACGUCCCGGGGCAGCCAUUCCAGCAAGGCGCCGCGGCGCCUCUUUCAGAGGGCUACAACCCAAUGGCCUACCCCGUUCCUCCCUCCGUUUCCCCUCCGCCGAACCAACAAUUCUACUCGUCCACCCCAACCCCAUUCAGCUACGCCGGCCCUACUCCGCCAGCCGCUCCAUCCUCCUUCAUGCCCCAGGGCUACGUCCCGCCCCCUCCGCCGCCCCGCCCCCAGCAGACAACCUAUCCCUCUUCUACGGGCCCAUACCCAUCCGGUCCUGGUGGCUAUGCGCAAAACAGAUCCUACGGCUCGAGCCAGCACCACAAGGCUCCCUCACAAUCUCAAAGCCAAUCGGCCACCUCCACCUCCAACGACCCCUGGGCGGGCCUUAACGCAUGGAAAUAA